AUGCUUGAGAAUCCUGCCAGCAUCUUUGGCUCCCAAAGACUCCCUCACUGCCUCCCAUCCUCGAACUCUGUCCCCAUGGCGCCGGUCGCGGUGGCGGAGGCCAAGAAGGCGGCCUUGUCCACGGAGCAGGUUGCGGACGUCAUGGCCCGCGCCGGCAUCCAGGAGAAAGACUGCGAGGGCCACGGCGGCUUGCUCAUGGUCGUGGCGGCGGCCGUCUUCUCUUCCCUCGCCGGCCUUCUGAUGGGCCUGGACAUCGGCUACAUUGCCGGAGUGAAGUCGAUGGCAUCGUUCUCCAAGGACGUGCUGGGUGGCCAGCCUCUUACGGAUGUCCAGGACAGCGUGGUGACCAUGGUUUUCGGUAUCGGGGCCGCCGUCGCCGCUUUCCCCCCCGUCAUGGACGCCUCCGUGACUUGCUUAGGCCGCAAGGGUGCGGUGAUUGCAGGCGGAGCGAUCUUCUGCCUUGGCUCCGCCAUGCAGGCGGUUGCGUGCAACCUGGCCCUCAUGGUGGCCGGCCGCAUCAUCGCGGGCUUCUCGGUUGGCCUGCUGUCCGGCAACGCCCCGGUCUACACCAGCGAGAUCGCUCCUCCCCACUUGCGGGGCGCCCUCGUGACCGGCUUCCAGUUUGCCAUCACGGUGGGCAUCAUGCUUGCUUUCCUCCUGGCGCUGGUCCUUGAGGACGUGGAGGAGCCUUUCGGCGGCUGGCGCUGGGUCAUCGCGUCUCAGAUCGUCCCGGGUGCCUUGCUGGUUGUUGGCGGCGCGUUCAUGCCGGGCUCUCCUCGGUACUUGGUCGCCCAGGGCAAGAACCAGGAGGCCCUGCAGACCCUGCGCGCCCUGCGCAAGGAGGACGUGCGCGAGGAGCUGGCGCAGAUCGUCCAGGAGCAUGAGGCGGAGUCCGCUGCUGGACAGGCGACUUGGGGGGAGUUCCUGUCAGGGGACAGCCGCAAGCUCCUGUGCAUUGGGCUGAGCAUCCAGCUGCUUCAGCAGCUUUGCGGCAUGAACGCUUUCAUGUAUGAUGGGCCGAUGAUCUUUGAGAGGCUCUUCAAAAGCGAGCACGCGGGCAGGCUCUUCACGGUGGUUUCAGGCGUGGUCAACAUCUUUGCCACCGUUCCGGGGCUCUUCUUGGUCGACCGCUGUGGCCGCACAGCUCUCAUGAAGUGGUCUGCCAUCGGCAUGAUGCUCUGCUCGGCCGUGCUGGCCACCCUGGGCGAUGUCUGCUUCGUGGAGGAGGAGGACGCCUGUGGCGACUGGGCAAAGUGGGUGGCCACGCUGACGAUCUGCGGCUUCAUCGUGAACUUCGCUUAUGGCUGGGGAGGAAUGGCCUGGGUCUACUGCGCUGAGAUGUUCCCCAUGAGGCACCGCACCAAGGGCGUCGGGGCAACCACCGAUGCAAACUGGAUCGGCAACAUCGUGAUCGCCUUCCUGCCCCCGAUCCUGUUCUCGAAUUGGGGAUUCAACACCUUCUGGGUCUUCGUGGGCACGAACAUGCUCUGCUUGCUGUGCGCCGUGUCCCUUCCAGAGACCAAGGACAAGAGCCUGGAAGAGAUCACCCAGAUGUUCCACGACUGGCUGCACCCGACUGAAGCCCCUGCACAAAUGGAGAGGGAUCCUCACGUCCUGCUGGGCAAUGUACAGAACAUCUCGAUGCCCUGCAAGCUUGCAAAGGGCUCUGGAGCUGCACAUGCUGCGUUUGGAACCUCUGACCUGGAGCGCCCAAAGCCCAUCCGAUUGGCCAAGAAGGCGGCCUUGUCCACGGAGCAGGUUGCGGACGUCAUGGCCCGCGCCGGCAUCCAGGAGAAAGACUGCGAGGGCCACGGCGGCUUGCUCAUGGUCGUGGCGGCGGCCGUCUUCUCUUCCCUCGCCGGCCUUCUGAUGGGCCUGGACAUCGGCUACAUUGCCGGAGUGAAGUCGAUGGCAUCGUUCUCCAAGGACGUGCUGGGUGGCCAGCCUCUUACGGAUGUCCAGGACAGCGUGGUGACCAUGGUUUUCGGCAUCGGGGCCGCCGUCGCCGCUUUCCCGCCCGUCAUGGACGCCUCCGUGACUUGCUUGGGCCGCAAGGGUGCGGUGAUUGCAGGCGGAGCGAUCUUCUGCCUUGGCUCCGCCAUGCAGGCGGUUGCGUGCAACCUGGCCCUCAUGGUGGCCGGCCGCGUCAUCGCGGGCUUCUCGGUUGGCCUGCUGUCCGGCAACGCCCCGGUCUACACCAGCGAGAUCGCUCCUCCCCACUUGCGGGGCGCCCUCGUGACCGGCUUCCAGUUUGCCAUCACGGUGGGCAUCAUGCUUGCUUUCCUCCUGGCGCUGGUCCUUGAGGACGUGGAGGAGCCUUUCGGCGGCUGGCGCUGGGUCAUCGCGUCUCAGAUCGUCCCGGGUGCCUUGCUGGUUGUUGGCGGCGCGUUCAUGCCGGGCUCUCCUCGGUACUUGGUCGCCCAGGGCAAGAACCAGGAGGCCCUGCAGACCCUGCGCGCCCUGCGCAAGGAGGACGUGCGCGAGGAGCUGGCGCAGAUCGUCCAGGAGCAUGAGGCGGAGUCCGCUGCUGGACAGGCGACUUGGGGGGAGUUCCUGUCAGGGGACAGCCGCAAGCUCCUGUGCAUUGGGCUGAGCAUCCAGCUGCUUCAGCAGCUUUGCGGCAUGAACGCUUUCAUGUAUGAUGGGCCGAUGAUCUUUGAGAGGCUCUUCAAAAGCGAGCACGCGGGCAGGCUCUUCACGGUGGUGUCCGGCGUGGUCAACAUCUUUGCCACCGUUCCGGGGCUCUUCUUGGUCGACCGCUGUGGCCGCACAGCUCUCAUGAAGUGGUCUGCCAUCGGCAUGAUGCUCUGCUCGGCCGUGCUGGCCACCCUGGGCGAUGUCUGCUUCGUGGAGGAGGAGGACGCCUGUGGCGACUGGGCAAAGUGGGUGGCCACGCUGACGAUCUGCGGCUUCAUCGUGAACUUCGCUUAUGGCUGGGGAGGAAUGGCCUGGGUCUACUGCGCUGAGAUGUUCCCCAUGAGGCACCGCACCAAGGGCGUCGGGGCGACCACCGAUGCAAACUGGAUCGGCAACAUCGUGAUCGCCUUCCUGCCCCCGAUCCUGUUCUCGAAUUGGGGCUUCAACACCUUCUGGGUCUUCGUGGGCACGAACAUGCUCUGCUUGCUGUGCGCCGUGUCCCUUCCAGAGACCAAGGACAAGAGCCUGGAAGAGAUCACCCAGAUGUUCCACGACUGGCUGCACCCGACUGAAGCCCCGGCACAAAUGGAGAGGGAUCCUCACGUCCUGCUGGGCAAUGUACAGAACAUCUCGAUGCCCAACAGCCUUGCCUGCAGCCUUGCCUGCAGCAGGAAGAUCACCUAUGACGAGGACGGGAACGGCCCGGUGCAGGUGGAGGGCGCCGAUGGAAACCCAGGCUGCCUCGGCCAGGGCAGCAAGUUGGGAAAGCGCUGGAGGAUCACACCCAGCUUCGUGAAGGGCGCCGACACCAUGAUCUUCGACUUCAGCAAGAAGGGUGGUCCCAAGAAUCUGAAGGGCAAGUGGGACGGUGAUGGCAUCCUCUUUGAAGACGGCAACAAGUGGAAGCGCACCAUCAAGUGA